AACAGAGCCAUUUUAUUAUAAAGAAUAUGUAAAUAUAAUGGAGGCAAUGCAUUUUGGUAUAUAUAAGGAAGAGGAUGAAAAUUGGGAAGUUUAUUUGGUAUAAUACAAUUUUAAAUGUUCAGGUUAUAGAGAAUAAAUUUCCAGAUUUAUAAGGAUUAGAUGGCAUAAUUUUAACAGGAUCAAGUAGUGCAGCAUAUGAUAUAAGUGAAGAUUGGAAAGAACCAUUAUUUAAUUUUUUAAGAAAAGCUGAUAAACUUAAAAUAAAAAUGUUUGGUAUAUGUUUUGGACAUUAAGUUUUGGCUCAUUGUUUAGGUGGAGAAGCAUAAAAGAUGAUUCAUGUAGAUAGAAUGUAAGUAGGUAGAACUGUUAUUUAAACUUAAUUCAAAUGGAAAGAUUAUUUAAUAAAAAAUCUAAAUGUAUAUUAAAUUCAUAUAGACUAUGUAAAUAAAUUGCCAAAAUGUACUUAAGUUAUAAAGAGCAAAAUCAUUGUGAAAAUUAUGCAUUCAAAAGUGAUCACAUUUUAGAUGUUUAAUUUCAUCCUGAAUUUAAUGCUUUGAUCUUAUUGUACAUUUUUAGAAAUUCCUCAGAUCCUUUAAGAGAUAUAUAUAUCAAUGAUUGUUAUGAAAGGUUUAAAGAAGGAUAUGAUCAUUAAUAAAUCAUUUGGGAAUUUACAAAUAAUUUCUUAAAGAAUAAAUGA